CCUUUGCAUUUUUAAGAAUAUAAGGAGAGAGAAUGAUUCUCCACUGACGAAGAGGUGGGAAUUCUGGUGCAGGGCUGCUAGGUCAUGUCUCCGUUUGAAUGAUGAGAUCCACAGCCCAAAGUUCAGCACGCCUCUGCAGAGCAUUAAAGUGAAGCCGUGAGGCUGGGAGGACCCUCUCUGCAAACUGUAAGAUUUCCCUGGUGUCAGUAUCCAGCUGGAUGAUUCUCUGGUUCGACUGUGCUCUUGGUGAGACCUCUGACGUGAGACCUCUGUAGACAGAGCUUUGUCUCGCUCUGCAGCAGCGAAGCUCUGUCUACAGCAACUCAGAGAAACAAAUAGGAAACAGGAUUUCCCCCAACAGGCAUCUGAUUUUUCAGAAAUGAACUAUUGUAAUGGAAGUGCAGCUGAGCAAAAACCGUAAUUUAUACUUAAUUCCUUGAGGGGCCAACUUCAGACUUGACAAACGUGGCACCAAGCACCAAGCUCUAGCUGGUUCCCCUUUUCUCUCAGUGUUUACUAGAAAUAAUGUUCUUGUUGGGGUUUUGUGCAGGAUGGGUUCUGGUAACUGCCAGACCAAGAAACCUGACCCUGUUUGUUUGCUACAGACGCUGCAGCUUUACAUGCUCUCCAGCCCCUGGGAACCCAGGAGAGCCUGUGUUUGCCUCCUGCAGCAGCCUCGGGGAGAUGCCCUUUCAGGAACUCAGCUCUUCAGAUAAAAAGUCUCCCUCUUCACAUGAGAGCAUCCUUGAGUGAGAGCAUUGCAGUUUAUUUUAAAAGCUUUAUCUGUCUGGAAAUUUUCCAGACAGUCCCUUACCUACCGAUGUCGUCGUCGUCCUCGUCCUCCUCCUCCUCCUCUCCCCCUCCCUUCUUAAAUCUUCCCAAGCAGAUCCAUAUCAUUAAUAUUUCAGUAUCAGCUGUUCACAGGCAUUGGCUACACUGCAGCGCACUUCAUCAAUAAGAGCCGGCGAAGGCUGUGAGGUUUGUCUCACUCUGCCUUCAUCCAGCAGAGAAGUAAGAGCAAAGGCAGAGACUGGCAGGGGAACCGCGUAUCCACCGAGGGUAAGGCUGCACGGUGCAGUCCUGGUCUGCAGGUGCUUUUUGCUGCUGUCCCUCACUCAGAUCGUCCAGGUAAUACCCUAGGAAGCAACAAGAAUGGAUGUCUUUAAGAAAGGUUUCUCCAUUGCCAAAGAAGGUGUGGUGGCUGCUGCAGAAAAGACCAAGCAGGGAGUGACGGAGGCUGCAGAGAAGACCAAAGAAGGGGUGAUGUAUGUAGGUACCAAAACCAAGGAAGGUGUAGUGCAAAGCGUGACCUCAGUUGCUGAGAAGACCAAAGAGCAGGCCAAUGUGGUGGGAGAAGCAGUAGUAGCCAGCGUGAACACAGUGGCAAACAAGACCGUAGAAGGAGCAGAGACCAUCGUGGCCACUACAGGGGUUGUAAAAAAGGAGGACCUGGCAGCGCCGCAGCCGCCCGAGCAGCCGGCGGGAGAGGGGGCCCCGGUGGCCGUGGGCGAGGGUGAAAAUGAAGGCAAUUAAUCAACUUAGGGACUUCGAGCUCAAAAGAGAACAUUCCAAUAGCAUACAUGGAAAUAUUAGCUGGCACUGCAACAGGAAAAUCCCGCUCUCCAUAGACUAACUACGAUCAGCUCUGUAGCCUUUCACUGCCCUCAUAAACCAACCGUGCAAUAUAUGUAAGCCAGGCUCCUCCGACUGUAAGUGAAGUGCAGCCGUGUACCAGGGUGUGUGUCUCCCUCCCCACCUCCCUCCUGCCUUCCCCACCCGCUCGCUUCACCUCUUUUGGUCAGACACGCUGCUCCGUGUCCCGCAUCCGUCCGCACGGGCACUUGGGAUCUCUAGGUAUUGUGGAUUUUUUUUUAAUUAUUUUUCUUUUUAAACUAAUAAAAAGGUGUUUGAACAAGU